AUUUGGAAAAAUAGGACCGUUGGAAAGGGAAGCGUCGCUCCCCCACAUCUUCAAAAGGAAUGGGAAUUCCGCUGCCCCCUCUUCUCCAUCGCGUUCGUCAGGCAAAGGCGAGGGAGGGAGAGAGAAAGAGAGGCAAAGAGAGAAGGAGACUACUUCUUCAAGUUCCAAAUGGCCACUAGAACCGUUGUUCCACAACAAGCAGUCAGAGGAGAGGCAGUGGUCGGAGGAGUAAAGCAGCAGAAGAAAAAUGGAGCAGUGGAGGGAAGAAGUCGCAGAGCCCUUGGCGACAUAGGAAAUCAGGUGGCUGUUAGAGGAAUUGAGGUCGUCAAGCCCAACCGUCCCGUCACCAGGAGCUUCCGAGCCCAGCUACUUGCUAAUGCCCAAGCUGCUGCUGUAAACAACAAGAAACAAGCCUGUGCAAAUGUCGGUGGACCCCCUCCUGUUUUCGAUGUGAUUGCUAAUAGAGCCGCGCCUAAGCCUGCUCAGAAAAUAGUCUCUGUUAAACCUAGGAAUGAAGGUGCUGCUGAAACAAACUCGAAAGAAGAAACUAAAAAGGACAAGACUGUGAACAAGAAGAAAGAGGGAGAUGAAAACUCAAAGAAGAAACCACACUCUCUUACUUCGGUACUCACAGCUCGAAGCAAGGCAGCAUGUGGUGUGACCAACAAACCAAAGGAGCAGAUUGCCCAUAUAGAUGCGGCCGACGCUGAUAAUGAGCUUGCGGCCGUGGAGUAUAUUGAAGACAUUUACAAGUUCUAUAAGCUAGUUGAGAAUGAGAACCGUCCUCACGACUACAUUCACUCACAGCCUGAGAUUAAUGAAAAGAUGAGAGCAAUAUUGGUGGACUGGCUCAUAGAUGUGCACUCCAAGUUCGAUCUCUCGCUUGAAACUCUUUAUCUGACCAUCAAUAUAAUAGAUCGGUUCCUUUCAACCAAGAUCGUUCCAAGAAGGGAGCUUCAAUUGGUUGGCAUCAGCGCCAUGCUUAUGGCUUCCAAGUAUGAAGAAAUCUGGCCCCCUCAGGUCAACGACUUUGUUUUCCUGUCGGACAGAGCUUAUACCCAUGAACAGAUACUUGCGAUGGAGAAAACCAUGCUGGGAAAGCUGGAAUGGACCUUGACAGUACCCACGCACUAUGUGUUCCUGGUUCGUUUUAUCAAGGCAUCACUCCCAGAUGAGGAGUUGGAAAACACGGUUCAUUUUCUUGCUGAGUUAGGACUGAUGAAUUACGGGAGCAUGAUAACGCACAGCCCAUCGAAGGUUGCGGCGUCAGCAGUGUACGCGGCUCGGUGCACUCUGAAUAAGAGCCCCUUAUGGAACGAGACGCUUGGUCUACAUACGGGUUACUCAGAAGAACAGCUCAUGGAUUGUGCAAGAGAAUUGGUGAGGUGGCACUCGAUGGGCGCGAGCGCGAAGCUGCAGGCAGUGUAUAGGAAGUACUCAAAUGUGAAGAGAGGAGCAGUGGCGCUGCUUCCACCGGCGAAGAAUCUCUUGCAGUCAGCGGAAGAAGGAAGGUGAAGAAGACAAGACAAGAAGACACCUGACAGUUGAAAUCUGCAAUAACCCUUUGUUACUGUUCUUCCCCUUCUUUUUUCUUUAGUGGGAUUGUAUUCGUUAUAUAUUUUUCACAUUUUUCACAUUUUAUAUCAAUUAUUAAAUAUUUUUUUAAAUUUUA